CUACUGGUAUAAAAGGCGUCUCUGUACACGUAUCAAUCAGAAUCAGAACGAUCUUCGACUCGAUCGCAUACCAGCAUCCAACUCAAAUCCCUAACCAGCAAUCAUGAAGUGCAUCGCAGCUGUAGUCAUGGUGGCUCUGGCCGUCGUCGCUGAGUGCGGCCUUAUUCCGGCUCCGGUGGUGUACUCUGCUCCCCAGACGACUGUCGUCCAGCAGAAUGUGGCUCCGAAGUACGUGGUUCCGGCCCCUCUCGCGUAUGCCGCUCCCGCUUACUCCUAUGCCGCUCCGGCCUACUCCUAUGCUGCGCAAUCCGUCUCCCAUGCCGUCCCAGCCGUCUCGUAUACCCGUGUCGCCUCAGUAGCUCCAGUCGCCUACUCCGCGCCAUCGUUCUACGCUGAUUCGGAUGUAGUGGAAGCUGCUCCAGUGGCCGUAGCUCCUGCUGCCACCGUCGUCGCCCAGCCCGCCGUGGCUGUUGUCGCCCAGAAGGAGGCUCGCUAUGUCGCUGCCAACCGUGGUGCCGUCCAUGAGGCUCCUCUAGCCGGACAUGCCGUCAACCAGCAGUCCCUGAACCUUGAAGCUGCACCAGGAACUCUGUAAACAUAAUUUAUCAUCCAUGUACAAAAUCCAGUCGAGCCUAGAACAUAAACGAAAUAAACUUGAAAAUGUCACAAAGUGUAA